AUGUCUGCUAGCUUCAGCGGACACUGUUUUCUCCUUCCCCCGCUGUUUCUACCGCCAAAAUCCUUCCAACUGCGAAAGUCAUACCCCUCACGUAAACUUUUAAAUUACCACUUUGAUGCCCGGCAAUACUUAGCUCAGAAAUCAACAGACGAUCUCCAUCGCCAGAGCUUGAACUUACUGACAUGGAAACCAGUCCAGGCCUUUUCCAACGAUUUUGUUUUGGACAUUGCGGCCGACGAGGAGGAUCAGGACUUCGGUGCUCCCGUGAACGAUUGGAGUGAGCUUGAUUUUGAAACCCAGGAUGCUGCACCCCCUCAGAGCACAGUUUGUGGGCCUCCACAGGUUGAGCUAAUUCGUCGGCCAAAGCCGAAUGAACCAAAAUUUGAGGCUGAUGAUGGUGAAGGCAACGCGUUCCUUCCACUAACAAGUAAUCAGUCAAAAUGGGGUGAGAGGACGACCAGAUGUUUGGGUUUUUGA